AUGGGCAAGUCAAUGGCGUCUUUGCUUGCCGUCAUUAUCGUCCUCUGCUUCCUGAGCCUCGCAAAGUCCGACGUUUUUUAUCAUCGCUUCAAAACAGGAGAUUCCGUUCCUUUUUACGCCAACAAGGUGGGACCGUUCCACAAUCCUAGUGAAACAUACCGAUAUUAUGACCUUCCCUUUUGUUCACCAGUUGAAGUGGAAGAAAAGAAAGAAACAUUUGGUGAAGUUUUGAAUGGAGAUCGACUAGUUGCUGCUCCGUAUAAAAUCAACUUCUUAAUUGAUAGAGAACCCGAGAUUAUCUGCUCAAAAAGGCUCACAAGAGAAGAGGUUACCAAAUUCAGAACUGCUGUUUUGAGGAAUUAUUUUUUUCAAAUGUACUUGGAUGACUUGCCCAUUUGGAGUUCCAUUGGAAGAUUUGAAAGCGAAGCUGAAGAUGAUCGAACUGGGCCUACAGUUCUCCUUUUUAGGCAUAUCAAGUUUGAGAUCCUAUACAAUGAGGAUCGCGUCAUUGAUAUUGUCGUUCAAAAUGAUCCAACUGUACUUGCGGACUUGCCAGAGGAUAAGGCAGUAGACAUAGACUUCUCAUAUUCCGUCGUAUGGACUGAAGCUGACACUCCAUUUGAGAAGCGGUUGGAGAAAUACUCACGAACAUCCUUGCUGCAACAUCACUUGGAAAUCCAUUGGUUUACGAUUAUUCAUUCAUGUUUUACUUGUGGACUUCUUGCUACAAUUCUUAGGCGUAAACUUAAGAAUGAUUUUGUUAAAUUUACUGAUAAUGAGGAGGCCGAUGAUGAACAAGAAAAGAGUGGUUGGAAAUACAUUCGGAGUGAUGUGUUCAGGUACCCAAGAUACAAGUCCUUGUUUGCAGCAGUGCUUGGAACUGGCACACAGCUAUUUACUCUUGCAAUCUUCGCCCUUGUACUUGCACUAGUCGGCAUGUUCUAUCCAUACAACAGGGGCGCUCUGUUUACUGCACUUAUUACAAUAUACGCGCUAACGUCUGCGGUUGCAGGCUACUCGGCAGUCUCCUUCUAUUGUAUGAUUGAAGGGAAGAACUGGGUGAAGACUUUGAUAUUGACUGGAAGCCUAUUAUCUGGACCUUUGUUUUUGACGUUCUGCUUCCUGAACACUGUUGCACUUGCCUAUAACUCUACUGCAGCACUACCAUUUGGAACUAUUGUUGUUAUUUUCCUCAUAUGGACUCUUGUGACCACACCUUUGCUAGUAUUGGGUGGGAUUGCUGGCAAGAAUAGCAGAUCAGAAUUUCAAGCUCCUUGUCGCACCUCUAAGUAUCCGAGGGAGAUCCCCCGGCUACCUUGGUACCGUAGAGCCCUUGCUCAAAUGGCUUUAGCUGGUUGUGUGUCUUUCAGUGCUACUUUCAUUGAACUCUACGACAUAUUCGCUGGCUUAUGGGGUCACCAGAUUUACACCAUAUACAGCAUUUUGAUUAUUGUGCUCAUUCUCUUGAUUGUUACCGCUUUCAGCACCGUCGCAUUGACAUACUUGCAGCUUGCAGUCGAGGACCAUGAAUGGUGGUGGAGGUCUUUCCUUUAUGGUGGAUCAAUCGGCUUCUUCAUAUAUGGUUACUGCUUUUAUUUCUAUCAUGCAAGAUCAGAUAUGUCAGGCUUUAUGCAAACGUCUUUCUUCUUUGGCUACAUGGCUUGCAUUUGCUAUGGUUUCUUCCUCAUGCUUGGAGCUAUUGGUUUCCGAGCUUCUUUAAUCCUUGUCCGUCACAUAUAUCGAUCCAUCAAGUGUGAAUAAUCGAAGGCUAAUUGGAACCAUCAGAUCAGCACCAGGCAAGAAUGAAUUCUUGUAUAUUGUUUUUGGGAGGCCAGCACAGUGUAUCGCUGUUUUCUUGUAAUUCAAUAGGUCCAUGAUAUUGGAGUGAGGUACAUAGAGCGUAAAACCCAAGUUCAUCGAAGUAGCACUUCAGAAUAAGAAAGUCCAAUAGUAAUGUACAAAAAAGAAGAAGAAGAAGAAAGAAAGCCAGUCUAACGGUGGGACCAGAUUGAAUAGUUCAAUAGAAUUUUGACGAUAUGAAGGAAAAAAUCUGGCAAUACUCCGUUCGUCCACAGGUGAAAAGCCCACUUUUCCAU